GAUAAUGACAUUAGCGAUACAUGCGACUACGUCUCGCUCCAUCUCGCUCGCAGAGUGAUUGCCCAAGAUCUAUUCGUCCACGCUGAGAGCGAAUUCGAAAAGCGCAUUCCCAACCGAAUUCGUCCAUCCGAUUUUCUCGAUUCUAAAAAUUCUAGAGAAUCCUCUACUGUAAUGUCAACGUGAGGUGAACGAUUGUAUCUGUAAUAUCUCAAAGCCGUUAGCAAAAUCGGACAACAACAGGAUUAAGUUCAUACGCAGCCUUUUCACUGUCGAAAGCAGACGCAAUGAUGGAUACAGAUCCGCCGGAAUUUCUGUCGAAAGAUGAUGAGAUUCAAUAUUGGAUGGAUCUUGCGAACCAACUACUUCAAAGGAAAGAUGAUGUUGAGAGAGAAUUAGAAGAAUUCCAAGAGAAUUCGCAGAUGCUGGAGAAAGAGUUGGAGACUUCACUGGAACAAGCAGAAAAAACGAAUAGAGAAUUGAGGCAGAGAAACACGAGACUUGCCACAGAAGUUGAACAAUUGAGAACGCGACUAGAUCAACAGUCUGCGGAUUGCGCCAUGUUCCAGGGAAAGGCACAAGAUUUACAGCAACAACACGAGCAUUUACUCAAGUAUAUUAGAGAACUCGAACAAAAGAAUGACGAUUUGGAAAGAGCACACAGGAUAAAUAGGGUCACAGAAGAAGAAAUAGAAGCUAAGUUUAAUUUAGCUAUAGAAAAGAAUGCCUUGCUCGAAUCCGAACUCGAUGAAAAAGAAGGCCUAAAAGUCAUAGUGCAAAGAUUAAUGGACGAAGUUAGAGAUUUGAAACAGGAGAUACAAGUACAUGAAAGACAUCACGCCGACAAUAAUAAGUCUGUUGAAAGAGUUCGUAGCAUCGUUGAUAGUAAUAAGCUACAGGCUGAAUUGGAGUCGAAUUCACCCGCUAGCCAAAUAGUCUCACAAACCAUACCUCAGAAUAAUACGACGACUUCACCGAUAAAAAUUGGACACGGGAUGGUAGGAGGUGUUAUUGGGAAUAACAAUAACAAUAUGAGCCAACCAUUACCACCCUGCACUAGAAUACUAGCAAUGAAUAUGAUCGGUGACCUUAUGCGAAAAGUCGGGGCGUUGGAGAACAAGCUGAACACGUGCAGAAAUGCGUUCCGAGAAGAUCAAGUUCGCGAUCUCUACAGAGCUAGACGACAGGUCCGAAGCCCAGCCACAGGAAACAACAACCACAUUCGAUUAUAAGCGAAUUUAAUGGAAAGGACAUAAUGUCGCAGCGAUCAUAUGUUCGCACAUCCUGUUGCGAUCUCAAUGUUAAUAUUAGUUGGAAAUUUCUUUGAUUACGGACUUCUGUUCAAGUUUCAUUAAGUUAGCCGCUAAGAGAGUUUACGCAAGAUUGGAAGGCAUCGCCGUGCUUCAACGUAAAAAAAUCGUUUCUAAUUUACGGACACGAGGUGAUAGAGUUCUUACAUUAUUCCUCUCGACUGUGUAUGGAUUUUCCCAAUAGCGGUGUUCCAUAUUGCCUCGACAACAUUGUCGCGAUAUCUUGCUAGAAAACAUCGCGCAGAAUAAUUAUAGUGGCAAGUCGAUGAAUCAUCGCUGUAAAAAUUAUCCGUUUGCUCCAAGUAUGAGAUAGGUGUCGAAUGUUCGCUGUAAUUAUUGCGAGCGAUAUUUUUUUAACAAUAUCGACAAACGUCGUUAAUAGAAAAUACGACAUUGUCGUCCAGCCGUACUAUAAUAUAAUCUGUUUUUUUCCACACAAGUAAAAGAUAUAUUUUAUUAUUAAAA